AUGAACCAAUGGGAAGGAACUUUGUCUUCUACUUCUUCAACAACUUCUAUUGUCGAAGAAGUCAUGGCUGAAGAAAUCAUUUUUCAUGGUCCUUGUGUUAAUAGCCCAAGCAAAAAUGGUCAUAUUAUCAGACCUAAACAUAAUGCAAGAAAUCCAGAGAUGAAGAAUAGAUUGCUACAAAUCUUUUAUGCAAAUCCUUUCUCUGGGCUUGACCAUGGAGAUCCAUAUACUCACCUUACUAAAUUCUAUGAAAUUAUCGGGACACUUGGAGCUCUAGAAGCAGAAGAAGAACAAGUUUUCAUGAGAUCAUUUCCUUAUUCUUUGAUCGGUUCAAGUGAAUCCCUUUAUGAAGGUUGGGAGCGAUACAAGUCAAUGUUAAGAAGAUUUCCCAACCAUGGUUUUGAUGAUCUUACUCAAAUUCACAUCUUCCACAAUGGACUUCAAUCGCAACAAAAACUUCUUUUGGAUGCGACUACAGGUGGUUCUUUAAUGUCUAAGAGUGCAGAGGAUGAAAUAUCUAUUAAUGAUCAAGUGACACUCAAUGAUCACCAAGUUCAACACAAUAGAGAACCAUCAUAA